UGGAAAAUGUAACACUUAAAAAACACGGAGGGAGUACAUCGAUUUGUGAAACAGAAACAUCAUUGUGAAACGGAGGGAGUACUUAACUAUAGACUUUUUUUUUUUUUUUUUUGAACGGAACUGUAGAAAGAUUGAUGACAAUCUUCCCGUAAAAGUCUUAUUAUUUCCCUCCUAAUUCUCUCUUUUAAAUUCAAUUUCAAGCUUUUCAAAACACACAACAAUGGCGGUUCCGAGAAAGCUUUACUGGUUUUCAUUCCUCCUUCCACUGACUCUUCUCUUCGUCGCUUUCCGAUCGUUCAGCGUCAACUCUUCCGUCGGCGAUUUAUCUCCUCCUCCUCCUCUUCUCGAUGCUAAUUUCUUACAUCGACGCUUGCUUCAAGCUUCCGAUCAGCUGAAUCUUCUCUACGAUUUCUAUCGCCUUAGCUGCCCUAAUGCCGAAAGCGUUGUCUUCCAGUUCAUGCAGAAUACUGUCGCCGUCGAUAAUAGAGCCACCGCUCAGCUUCUUCGCCUCAUGUUUCAUGAUUGCUUUAUUCAGGGUUGUGAUGCUUCUCUGCUUCUAGAUGAUAGUAAUGGAAACCAAAGUCAUUUCAUUGAGAGGAAUGCGUUUCCAAAUCAAUCGCUCAAGGGUCUCGAAAUCAUUGAUAGAAUCAAACAAGCAUUAGAAGCCGAGUGCCCUAGCGUUGUUUCGUGUUCUGACAUCAUUUCUCUGGCCACUAGGGAUGCCAUUAUUCUGUCCGGAGGGCCAUUUUUCCCUAUCCUCACUGGACGAAGAGACAGCCAGGCAUCAUACUAUGAUGAAGCUAACCAGCAGAUACCAAGACCAGACAGUAACAUAACGGAGAUGCUGGAUUUGUUUUCACAAAAGGGUUUCAAUGAGAAAGAAAUUGUUAGCCUCUUGGGGGCACACAACAUUGGAAAGAUUGGAUGUGAAUUCAUUCAAAGGAGAUUAUCCAACUUCAAAGGAACUGGAGAGCCUGAUCCUACAAUUCCUGCAGAUUUCUUGCUUGAGUUGAAAAGAAUAUGUAAUGCCGAUGCAUCCCCCAGUCCUUCUCCAUCUAGACUCAGGAACUUGAUAGAAUCUGCAUCUGGCUUGCCUUUUCAUCAGUCCUUGGCGCCAUUUAUUUUCUCAGGCUCUGGUUUUGAUGCACAUUAUUACAAGGGCUUGAUUAUGGGACGGGGUUUACUUUAUGCAGACCAACAACUGAUGGCAGAUCCCAGGACAGCUAAGCUGGUUGAAGUCUUUGCUUCAGAUGAUGGUUCAACCUUCCGCAGAGAAUUUUCUAAGUCAAUGCUGAAGAUGUCCAAUCUUGCAUUUCUCACUGGCUCUCAAGGUGAGGUGCGUACAAGAUGUUCAUUACCAAACAACAUAUGAUAGUUGCUUUAACUACAUAGGAUGAGUUCUCAAAUUACACCAGUGAAGAUAAUAUCUUAACUAGUUGUGCUUAUUUCCUCUGUGUGCUCUUGAAGAGGUAACUUGUAGAUUAUUCUGAGCCUCUUCUGGGUAAAACGUUGAUUUCUUCCAACUGGGAGUCUAGAUGUUUAAACUGUUUCCACUGAAACCGAUACACCUAUUACAUAAGAAUCAUUAAUAUACUAUUUCUUAUCAGUCAUUGUAGAACGGGGCUUUACCAUGUACAUUAUACAAUUCAGGUAUUCAUGAAUUGAUUUUCAUGAGCCAUUUAUUGAUACAAAAUGCUGCUAGUAGUU